GAGGUAUAGUUUUAGGAAAGAGAGAGAGAAGAUGGUAUCAAAACCUUUGAAGAAGUGUGACAUAUUCAGUGGGGAAUGGGUGCCAAAUCCUGAAGCACCAUACUACACAAACGCGACAUGUUGGGAAAUUCAUGAACACCAGAAUUGCAUGAAGUAUGGAAGACCAGAUUCUGAGUUCAUGAAGUGGAGAUGGAAGCCAAAUGAGUGUGAACUUCCCAUCUUCAACCCUUUUCACUUUCUAGAAAUUAUGAGAGGAAAAUCAAUGGCUUUUGUUGGAGACUCCAUUGGCAGAAAUCACAUGCAGUCCAUGAUUUGCCUGUUAUCUAGGGCGGAGUGGCCCGUAGAUGUAUCAUACACAGAUGACUUUUCCUUCAAAAGAUGGCUAUACUCAAACUACAACUUCACAAUGGCUACGUUUUGGUCACCCUAUCUAGUUAGAGCUGAACAAGUUGAUUCAAAGGGUGAUCUUAUCAACAUUUAUCUUGAUGAGUUUGAUGAAAAAUGGACGGCUCAAAUUAAAGAGUUUGACUAUGUCAUUAUCAAUGGAGGACAAUGGUUCUUGAGGCCAAUAGUGUUCUACGAGAAACAAAAAAUUGUUGGAUGUCAAUAUUGUUCCUGGGAAAAUGUCACUCAUUUAACAUGGCACAGUGGUUAUGGGAAGGCUUUUAGGACUGCAUACAAAGCCAUAGUCAAUUUUGGAAACUCCAAGGUUGUAACGAUUCUUAGAACGUAUGCACCAUCUCAUUUUGAGAAUGGGGUGUGGGAUAAAGGUGGAAAUUGCAUAAGAACUAAGCCAUUUAAGAGUAAUGAAACAAGGUUAGAAGGCUAUAAUCUUGAGUUACACACCAUACAAUUGGAGGAGUUCAAACGUGCUGAGAAGAAAGCUACGAAGAGAGGUUUGAAAUUCAUGUUGCUUGACACCACACAGGCUAUGUUACUCAGGCCAGAUGGUCAUCCUAAUAACUAUGGUCAUUGGCCACAGGAGAAUAUGACAUUACCUAAUGAUUGUGUGCAUUGGUGUUUGCCAGGACCUAUUGAUACAAUGGCUGAUUUUCUAUUAGAAACUUUGAAAAGGGAAGGUUUUACAUCUUUUCCUAAAAAAGACUUCAUCUAA